ACUGGAUGAGUUGCCUUCAGCCUUCCAACAUUCCUGCUGUAUCUGACUCUGGUUUUAAUGUUUGUUCUGUAUCUUCAAAGUGCCCAACCCGAUUGACUUGUUGGAGUGCAUUUUCUGCAUUCUUAAUAGAUAGCUAGCAGGAAAUACCUCGUACAGCGCCAGCUAGAGGGAUAGAAAGUAGCGAGUGGAGGCUACAAAAUCUCCAGCCCCUGCUUCCGCCUGCGCUGAGCUGCUCUGAAGUGGGCCUGGUCGCUGUGGCCAUCGUAACGCACCUUCGUUCAACCAUAGCAUAUUGCGCUGUCUCAGCUUAUGGUCAGGAAUUAAGCUGUCACCUGUGUCACUCACCAUGGAAGAAAUGAGGAAGACUGCUGUCCAGAUGCAGAGGCCUAUAAAGACUGAGUGGAAUUCCCGGUGCGUCCUUUUCACCUAUUUCCAAGGGGACAUUGGCAGCGUGGUGGACGAACACUUCUCCAGAGCUCUGAGCAAUGUCAGGAUCCCCCAGGGGUUGAGCCCCAUGAGCCAGAGUGAAGAUGUGACCCUGAGGAAUGAUGGCGACAUGCCUCCAAAUGAGUGGCAUUUCUCUUCUCAGUGGACAAAGCCACAGCCAGAAGGAUCUUUUUCGUACGGUGCCUCUAACUGCAGCUUCAGUGGGCCUGGUCCCGCGACUGUGGAUCCGUAUUCCCUGCCCGUGACUGAGAGCCCCCGGGGUCAGCCUGGCGAGCUGUGGCAUUUGUCCUCCCUAGCCAGCCCCAGCUUCCCAGAUCCCGGCUGCUCUCAGGGCUUCUCCGCUGGGCCCCUGGUUGCAGAGCCCCAGGCUGAUGUGAAACAUGAGCCCUUCCUAAGUCUCCUCCAGCAAGACCAAUGCCUAACCCAUCCUCAGGAAUCUGCCAUGUGGGAAGAUUAUAACUCCACCCAGACAGCCGGAAACACGGGUUUGCUCUUCAGCCUGCCUUCCAGCGCCGCUCACUAUAAGAAAAUUUAUUUCCCCCCAGAUCAUGGACCUGCCAGCGCCAGCCCUGCAAGUGAAGAUAGCCAGUCUCCAGAGAGAAGAACAGACAUGUUCUUUUAUUGAACUUCAGUUUGAAGAAGAGAAUUCCUUCUUCCAAACCUGCUUCUGAUUUUCUGCUGUGAAUCUAGAGGGUCUAGAGACAUCACUGUCCUUUUCUCUUUGUGCUGCUAAAGAGCACUGAGUCGGAAGCGAGCUUCUGUUGCCCCCAGAAUUGUACACUUCUCUUCCUUGGCCCUGGUUUUCAAACUUGUUAAGCGAAUCCCCAGCAUAUAAAGUGGUUCAAGUUGCUGUUCAGUGAUGGGAGCACAGAGGCCCAUCUGCUUGCUUCCCCACCCAUGCCCACUGCCUUCCAGCUGAGAAACCACAAUCCCCUUACCCUCUGCCAGCAGCGUUGUUCAAACCAAGAGCGACUGUGUGAUAUGCUGAGGGUUGUCCCACUCUUCCACCUGAAUGGAGGCACCAGGAACAGCCUGAAGCUUUGUAGUCAUAACCAGACUGGCCAGCUUCAUUCCUGCCUCUACCAAAAGCACAUUCAAAAUGGGCUGGGCAAGACCCAUUGAGAGUGAGUGAGUUGCGGCUGGGCCAGCCCUGCACCCUGCGAGUCUGGCAGGAAGCUGAAAAAGUCUCAGGCUGUCUCUGAUGAAUGAAAUCCUUUCACUUAGAAAAUUCAAUUCCUUAAUUCUAAGAAAAGUGAUUCCAAAUGCAAUUGCCGAGAAAUCUGAGAAGAGACGAAUUGAAGUUAGUUAGCAAACUGCUGCAUCCUAAGCUGGGCCCAGAGUAAGUUCUGGAUCCAGAACAUUUCUUAGAUGCAGUUGCAGGAGUUCUGUCUGCCCUCACACUGAGGACUCUGGCAUCUGACCCCCCGCCCCAGGUGUUCAUCUGGACAUGAGUGGCACCUUACAGCCUUCCACAGGGCCCACCUGUCUUCCAUAAACACAUAACCUUUCCUUUAGCCCCUUCUCUGUCAGUGACAUCUGGCAAACACUAAUUGUCAGCGCAGAACUGUUGGGGCCACCCAUUGGAUACCCACAGCAUCUUAGAUGAAUUGGAGGUGGAAGGCAAGGCCUGCUCCAAGGGGGACGUGGCAGCAGGGCCUCCCUGCAGAUUGUUCCAGAUAAAAUGGCAAUUUUCUCCAAACUCAUUCAUUUCUCCAAUCUGGGAGACAGCCUUGAGCACACUGUGAGCUUGGACAACAUCCCCAGAAGCCCCUGCUCUCAGUGUCCCCAUCCAUACCCACUCAUUCCUGCAUAAUAGCUUAAAGGGUGAAUAAUAAAACUCUGCUUAUAAAAAAUAAACUCUGCU